AUGUGCUUCAUAUGCGGUCGCGCUCGUGAAAAGACAAGUUGGCGUGCAAGCGACAAUAGCACUGGCCACAAGCGUUCAAUGAAUUGCUGUUGCGGCACACCGGUGCGGUGCACAAUCAGCAAGGCGGGCACUUUGAAUUACACGUGUGCCGUAAGUAAGUGUCGUUUCUUUGCGUUGGCGCCUGUGCAGGCUGAGGGAUGGCGUAGGGUGAUGCCUCCGCCUCACAGCACUGAAGACUUUGGGGUGGUUCGCUUCGAAGCAGUGCUGCACCCAGAAAAAAAGACGACGCAUGUGAUCGCCACCGUCUCACCAUAUGAACUAGACGGGGUGACAGCCGUUCUUGAGGACGUGCGGUUUAAGCCCAUGUGGUACGUGUCGAAGAGGGCAUAUUUGUACCCAAUGGAGUUAUACAGUCAGGUGGUUGCGGCGCUCAGGAAACUUUCAACCCCGCGUGUGCAGGUAGAAGAGAUCCCACCGUUCUUCUUUCGUUGUCUGAGUGCCGCGCAGGAGAUUCAGCUGCAGCACGAGCGAAACAUGAGUGAGAACCUUUCGAAUGCCGCCGAUGCGGAGGACGUGGUGUACUCGCAGCUGCGGUCCUUUCAGAAAAAAGGGGUGGACUUCAUCAUCGCCCGCGGCGGGCGCGGCAUGAUUGCUGAUGACAUGGGCCUCGGCAAGACGGUCCAGGCGCUGGCGGUGGCACAUCACUACCGCAGCGAGUGGCCGGUGCUCAUUGUGUGUCCCCUCUCACUGGUGGAGAACUGGGCAAAGGAGCUCACGCGCUUUUGCAGUCUUCCCGCUGGACGCAUCGCCAUUCUGCAGAACACCAAGGCGAGCGUGAUGGAUGUCCACAGCGCCGUCAUUGUGCCGUACUCUUCACUCAAAAGCCUGGAUGCACUCUCGACCACAUUUCAGGUGGUUAUUCUCGAUGAGUCACAUUACGUUAAAACUGUCGACUCUAAACGGACUAUGGCGGCUCUAAAGCUAUGUCGUGCUGCUCGUCGUGUACUGCUCUUAUCAGGCACCCCUACGCUGUCGCGACCCAUUGAGCUUUAUCCCCAGCUGCAGGCAAUCAUGCAUCACGCCUGGACCCCAACUAAGACGCAGUUUGGUGCAAGGUACUGUAACGCCUUUGUGGGUCGCUUUGGUGUGGACUACACGGGUCACUCAAACAUGAGUGAGCUUCAUGUGCUGCUUCAGCACUUUGUCAUUCGCCGCACUAAGAAAGAGCUUGGAGACGAGCUGCCAUCCAAGAGCCGUCAGCUGCUCUACGUGUACAUCACUCCGAAAGAAAAGAAAGGGCUUGAAAAAAGUGUGCUGGCACUGCGAAAUUCUCUUAGGGACGGCGCGACGCUCCCAAUGUCGGGGGCCGUGACUAGCACAACGAAGAUGCAUGGGAAUAGUUCAGGCUCUACGGCGGCCGCAGCGGGCAGUGCGGCGCCGACAAGAGGUUUGACUGCUUUUGAUCUCAAAAUUGCCACGGCGCGAGCCAAAAUAGCGGCUGUGCAGGAUUACGUGAAGAGUACGGCGGAGCAAAUGGUGGAGUCCAGGCAGAAGGUGAUUAUUUUUGCCCACCACCAGUGCAUGAUGGAGGCGAUUCGUGAGGCUGUGGAAAGUGUGCAGCCGAAGCAGCCGUUAGACUACAUUUACAUCACAGGGGAGACACCGGCGGCGCAGCGGGAGGCGUUGACGACGCAUUUUCGAACCUCACCCAACUGCCACGUUGCCGUCUUGUCGAUGCAUUCCUGUGGGGUGGGUCAUAAUCUGACUUGCGCCACAAUGGUUGUCUUCGCGGAGCUGGACUGGAACCCAAGCACGCACCUGCAGUGCGAGGAUCGCGUGCAUCGCAUGGGACAGUCCUCUGCGUGCAUCAUCAAAUAUCUCCUUGCGGAGGGAACGUCGGAUAGCGUCAUUUGGCCCAUGCUGCAGACCAAAUUAACCGUGACGCACGCCGUUCUUGAGGACACCAAGGCGGGUGGCGAGGGAUGGAGCGCAGGGGCAGACACACGCCGCAUUCUCCGCUCUGACGUCUCUCCCACGCCCUCAUCUCAGGAGAAGAGGCAAGUGACACUCGAGGGCUUUCUUUCCCACUCCGUUUCUCAUUCAUCUCGCCCCCUGACGCAAAACAGUGAGGCCAGCUCCGACGUGGUAAAGUCGUCUGACGAAUGGACUCAAUCGGGUACGUCGCCGGAGGCGCCGCAUAGAAGUCAAUCCGCGAUGGCACCAGUAGAGAGGGUUCUUCUUGACAUUGCAACACUACGCCAGCAGCGGGAAUCCCGUCGAGCUUCUCCUUCAGCGUCAGUCUUGAGUUCAAGUGCCGUUGCCUUGUCGCCUGCGGCUGCAGUUACGGCAACCGCGUCAACAACACCACUGGCCCACUCCCAACGGCAGGCAACGUUGCACGAAUUGACGGGGAAUCAUUCGCUAACCUCCUGCAUUGCUUUGAGCAGUCCCCCACCAAGGGCCAAUGCCUUCCGUGUUUCAGUUGCAGCGAUAACAUCUACUGGGUGUGGUGGUGCAGUCAACACGCCGAGCUCGUCCAAUAACACCGCUUUGUGUUCUUCUCCCGCUUGUUAUUCUGUGAGGACACUUCUAGUGAGUCGGCCUGCUGCCGCGACCCCCACAUUGGUCUGCGCCUCUGUUAAGCCUAGUGGUGGUGUGGGCACGGCUGCUCCUAGCGUUGCAUCUGCGGCCCGUAAGGAGGAGGUCAUUCGUUUGGCGCCGGCGCCGCGGUCUGAGGAAAUACGUUGUUACAAUGCUCGUCGAACGCUUUUCACGCUUGGCAGUGUAGUGGAAAAGCGUCCAAGGACGGAUGAUAGUGACGACCACACGCUGUGA